GGAAGCGACCGAAAACUGGAAAGAACACCGUGGGAGCAAAGUAGAUACCUCGUAGAUACAUUUGAAUCUAAUACUUCAAUUAAUACAAGAUGAGCGUGUCGAUGCCUCAGAAGCGAUAUUACAGGCAGCGAGCCCACUCGAAUCCCAUGGCAGACCACACGUUUGAAUACCCUGUCUGUCCAGAGGACAUGGACUGGUCCCAGCUGUACCCUGAGUUCUUCAGCGACCACCAGUCGACCAAAAAGGCUGCACAAGUGGAGUUUGCAGACAUCGGCUGUGGAUAUGGGGGACUUCUCGUGGAGUUAUCCCCGCUCUUCCCAAACCAACUGAUCCUGGGCCUGGAGAUCCGUGUCAAAGUGUCUGAUUAUGUCCAGGACCGUAUCCGCUCCCUGCGUGCAGCAGAGACGGGCAGCUACCAGAACAUCGCCUGCUUACGGAGCAACGCCAUGAAGUACCUGCCCAACUUCUUCUCCAAGGGACAGCUCAGUAAGAUGUUCUUCCUGUUUCCUGACCCGCACUUCAAGAAGACCAAGCACAAGUGGAGGAUCAUCAGUCCCACUCUGUUGGCCGAGUAUGCCUACACACUGAGAGUAGGGGGUUUGGUGUACACCAACACAGACGUGGAGGAAGUGCAUCUCUGGAUGGUGAAACAUUUCAGUGAGCAUCUGCUGUUCACACGGGUCCCCGAUGCAGAACUGGUUGAUGAUGUCAUCAUCAGUCGCCUGGGAACCUGUACAGAGGAGGGGAAGAAGGUGCAGAGGAACGGAGGGAAGAACUACCUGGCAGUUUUCCGGAGGGUAGAAGACCAAAACUAAAACCCCGUUAUUACAGACAUAUCAGUUGGAUGUUGGAUAAACUGAACUUUUUGCCUUGCUGAUAGGAGCAUCAGCUCUUCCCAUGCAAGGACAGAAAAAUGGAUGACCAAAAUGACGGCUAGAAAAGAUUGUCUAUUAUAUUGACAAGAUAGUCAAGUGACCCCUCUAACAAUGGAAAUACAUGUCCUCAAAGAUGGAAGGCAGGCCGGAGGAGGCGAGAUCAGGUGGGACCAUUCUAGCCAAUGAAAGGGCAGAUACGUGUGUGAACAACAUGCCAUAGAGAUAGAUAGAGGACUCCUUUGUGUCUGUGACAGCAUGGGCAUCUCCAUUUAAAGUAGUCAGUUUUCGUCUUCUUCAUUGGCUGAUUGCUCCCAACUAAUAGGAAUCCCCACCCAGUUGACUACUUUAAAAUGGAAGUCCUCAAUU